GCCGGGGCGGGGCGGCGCGGGAAGGACGCGCCGUGCGCGCCCGGGCGGCGGGGCCCGGGUAGGCUACGGGCCGUGCCGCCGCCGCCGCCACUGCCCUUUUCGGAGGCGCGGGUUCGGCGGGAGCCAUGUUUGUAGCGCGCAGCAUCGCGGCAGACCAUAAGGAUCUCAUCCACGAUGUCUCCUUCGACUUCCACGGGCGGCGGAUGGCGACCUGCUCCAGCGAUCAGAGCGUUAAGACACAUAGUGGAUCUGUAUGGCGUGUGACGUGGGCCCAUCCUGAAUUUGGACAGGUUUUGGCUUCCUGUUCUUUUGACCGAACAGCUGCUGUAUGGGAAGAAAUAGUAGGAGAAUCAAAUGAUAAACUUCGAGGCCAGAGUCACUGGGUUAAAAGGACAACUCUAGUGGAUAGUAGAACGUCUGUUACCGAUGUGAAAUUUGCUCCCAAGCAUAUGGGUCUUAUGUUAGCAACCUGUUCAGCAGAUGGUAUAGUAAGAAUAUAUGAGGCGCCAGAUGUUAUGAAUCUCAGCCAGUGGUCUCUGCAGCAUGAGAUCUCAUGUAAGCUGAGCUGUAGUUGUAUUUCUUGGAACCCUUCAAGCUCUCGGGCUCAUUCUCCCAUGAUAGCUGUAGGAAGUGAUGACAGUAGUCCGAAUACAAUGGCCAAGGUUCAGAUUUUUGAAUAUAAUGAAAAUACCAGGAAAUACGCAAAAGCUGAAACUCUCAUGACAGUCACUGAUCCUGUACAUGAUAUUGCAUUUGCUCCAAAUUUGGGAAGGUCUUUCCAUAUUCUAGCGAUAGCAACCAAAGAUGUGAGAAUUUUUACAUUAAAGCCUGUGAGGGUAUUAAUCAUGUUAAUGUAUUUGGCUGUUUUCCUUUCAGCUAAUUAUAUGGACAAUUGGAAGUGUACUGGUAUUUUGAAAGGUAAUGGGAGCCCAGUCAAUGGGAGUUCUCAGCAGGGAAGCUCAAAUCCUUCCCUAGGUUCAAAUAUUCCAAAUCUUCAAAAUUCGUUAAAUGGAUCUUCUGCUGGCAGGUAUUUCUUUCCCCCUCUGGAUUCCCCACGGGCUGGAUCAAGAUGGUCCAGUUAUGCCCAGCUCCUUCCUCCUCCUCCACCUCCCCCUCCUCCUCCUCCGCCUCCUCUGGUAGAGCACUCUUGUGAUGCUGACACUGCCAGCCUCCAGUAUCCUCACCCUCACAGAGGAUAUUUCUCUCGGCCUCUUAAUCCCUUACCUGAGAAUGAAGGGGUUUAAAACACUGAUUUAACAUUUAAAGGCCUUAUUCAAUGCUUGUAAAUGCUUUCAUUUCUGGCUGCCUUUUGUUUUUCUUCAUUUUCUUUCAAAAGGUUUUUCUAAUUUAGGGGCCUGUCUUAUGUGUAUUACAACCAGAACACAGUGUUUGGAACCUAAACCUGUUUGUGCGUUAGCAUCAAAGGAACAUUACUUCACUGGUUGAUAACCUUUGAUGAAAUGAAAUAUGUAUAAGUAACAUUAACUGUGAAAGUUACACACAGUAGCUGACUUCAAAGUGCCUGUUUUGUAAACUUUAUUUUGAACUGUUUCCGUAGUCUUCAGUUUCUUAUGCUUUGUCGUACUGGUUAAUGUGAAAACAUAUUAUGAAAUUCACUAUGCCUUUGAGACAUACAAAAACGUUUUUAAUUUUACAAGCUAAUGUUGCAUUUGACUAGUAUGUAAAAUAAAUCAUUCCUGUGUAUAAAGCAGCAAAAC